AUGGCCAAUGACAGAAGUGCACGCGCAUCAGGUGAACCUGGCGAACCGGGCUGUGACCGAGCCUCGCUGGUGACGUCACUGCUGCUGAAGAUGCUGCGUGGUAUUCGGACGCAUCUGCUCUCCACUGAAGUUAAUGGGAAGGUUUGGCGUAUCAUAUGCACGCAAAAUUGGAUUUUGGCAAAUAUUCAUAACAGAUCUGGACCUCGAACACAGAGUCGCUGCCAGGAUGAAGGAAAAGCUCAAAAGCAAAGAGGAAGUAGAUGUUUGGUGUUGAUCGCAGUGGGUCUCGGGCUCAUUUGUGUUCUUCUGCUGGUCUUCAUCAUACUGCAGAACAUCACCAUCACAGCAGAGAGAGACCUGAUAAACAGUUACAAGAACACAGUUGAAGAUUUCAAUCAAACCAUCAACAGCUUACAAGACAAUUACACUGAUCUAAUGACUGAAAAACACCAACUGCAGAACAACUUCAGCUCUUUGAGUCAGAAGAAGCUGGAGUUAGAAAGCAAAGUCACUUCUCUAAGUGAUAAACUAAACAUGGACGCUUCUAAACGAGUUUGUUUUUUCAUAUCCAACGAGUUGAAGAGCUGGUCUGACAGCAGGCAGUACUGCAGGGAACGUGGAGCUGAUCUGGUCAUUAUCAACACUGAAGAGAAGCAGAAGUUCAUAUCUUCAUUAGUCAAGGAGAGAGCGUGGAUUGGUUUGUCUGACACAGAGAACGAGGGCAACAUGACAUGGGUGGAUAAUUCAACACUGAAACAAGGGUUUUGGCUUAGAGGUGAGCCAAAUAAUCAAGAUGGAAAUGAGGACUGUAUUGAACUGAUGCCUUCACAUCCCGCCCUGAACAACUGGAAUGAUCUGCCAUGCUCAGAGAAGAGAAAAGGGUUCUGUGAGAAAUAGUGUUUAUCAAGCCUUGUUGUGGUUUUGUUUCGAAGUAGUGGAUAUUCAUUUGUAAGGAAACUGUGAAAUUGUCUUUUUUUUAUUGCUAUAACAAACUCUAGGGUGAUAAACUCAUAAUUUGUUUUUUUUUUAAAUCACUGUGUAUUCAUUUUGGUGUUUUUCCUCAUAUUUUCAUUUUAAAUAAGUAAUACCGUCACAACAUCUAGAAAAUAGCUUAAGAACCUCCACGAACACCACAAUCAAAGCAAAACUUUACAGAAAAAAAAAAAGCAAUGGUGCAGAAAAGUAGUUUCUGUAAAUUUGCAUUUAUCAGAUGUUAUUCGGGUAUUGGCUUAAAGAAGAGCCAAAACAUGCAGGUGGAAACUUAUGCUUUCAGUUACCGUCCUGAACUGAACUGCCAUGCUCGGAGAAGAGAAAAGGUGUUUGUGAGAAAUAAGUUUGAUCCCGUCUUGUGUUUUUAAUGGAAUUAUUUUAUGGAAUCAUUUAUGAUUGUGAUUGGUUGUGUUUCUGAUUGAGAUCUUUAAAUACUUUUCCCAUUUUUAUCACAUAAUAAGGCAGAAUAGUUUCUUUAAUAAAUGCUAUUUCAAUUAGCACUGCAUUAUUCAUGUACUUUAUUUAGAA